AUGGCAUGUCUGUUUAUUUUCUGUUUCUCUUCUUUUUUCCUCUUCUUUUUGCCUAAACCCCACACACCCCACCCCACACAUAUAUAUAUAUAUACUCUCCCUCUCUUCACCAGCGGAGGAAGGGAAACAAAAAAAGAAGAAACUGAAGCGUACACACCCCUGUCCUUGCCUGUCCGAAUUUCGUUUGUUUCUUUUUUCUUUUUUCUUUUUUAUUUUUUUUGUCAUUUGUGUGUGCGUGUGGAAGCUCUUUUUUGUUGUUGUUUUGUCCUUCACCGCCACGUGAUGGAAACUCCACCGAUGCCACGGGCGAUUGCGUCCCCUGACGAUGCGUACCUGCAACAGCGUGGCAUUCCGGGCCUCUGGCAGCAACUCAGCGGUGAGCUCAUGGAGAAGAAGCCGACAAAUCACCUUGCCUUCAUGCUGCAGUGGCUAUCGAGGCUGGCGGGGACGGCGGAGGGCGUUGAAUGGGCACAAACCCACAACGAUACGGGGGGAAAAACGAUGAAGCCCUUUUUUCUGAACGAACGAUAUGGCGGAAGUGACACGACGGAAGCCGAAAACGAUGAUAAUGUUCUUUGCAACUCCCCCGCACUUGCAGAGUUUCUUCCGGUAAAGGGACUUCUUGUUGAUGAUGGCGCUAUUGGGAGCUGCGAGCACUUUGAUGGUGUCUCCCGUCCACUCGAACGCCUCCCCCGAUGCGGGGAUGCAUUGGUGGCAACUCCAGGCGUAGAUGUGCCCAUGCAUCCCAUUUAUCUCUCAGAUACAACCGUGACGAGGACAGAUCCCAACCAUAAGCACGUGGAUCCAGAAGUACUUUCCUCCACCAAACAUUUGAUGGAAAUUGUGCAACGGCUCCCGCCUAGUGAACAUAUUGCGGCGUGUGUCUUCUUGGAAAGUCUCCUUGAUAAAAAAGAACUAGCGGUAUCUACAUCGAAAACACCUGCGAAACGUGAACCUUCAUUGGGAGCCACGAUGAAUGGAGAAAGUAAUGGGUGUUCACCAAGCGACGUAAACCGACGAUCGUCUCCCAGUGCACUUAGUACCGACGCUGUCAAUACCCUUUUGGAAUUUAAAUUGGCACGUACACACUUGCAAGAUCUGGUGAAUGACGCACUGACUGCCAGUAUUCUUGCGCGGGAAAAGGUGAACUCGGAGUGUAUGGAUUGUAAAUUACAUAUGAGUUCAACAGACACGGUUGCUUCUUCGCCCCAUGGAAUUUUCUUUUCAGGCACACGGAGUGAGUUACCACUGGCCCCUCUGAAAAUUCAAAGGGAAACUGACGAUGUGCCCAAGUACGCGUCCGAAGACACACCGUUAUCAAGUGCCCUUCCAGCUGGCAGAUUUUCUGUUCAUACCCUUUCCAUGUCAGGUUUUGGUGAAGAAGGGGGGGGGUUAUCACAAAUGAGGCAGUUUUCUGCAUCAGAAGAAGAACUGGAUGUGGUGCGAGAAGGAAUUUCGACGCGCAUGCCAUUUUGCGAGUUUGAUGAAAUCCAGGUAGAAUGUGUUGUUCGUAGUAUGGAGCGUCUCACGUGGGAUGAAUGGCACUUGCACACGCUCAGAAAUGAACUGCUCUUUGUCUAUUCCGGCACGCUGUUGUUGCUGAAGGAGGGUCGUGUACUUCAGAGACUCUCAAAGGGAGAUGUCUUUGACGGCCUGCAUUUGUCACGAGAGGUAAAAUAUGAAUCCAGCCAUGAGGUACGCGCGGUAUCCAGUGCCAUCGUAUUUUUGAUUGAAACGGAUGUGUUCCGCUCCCUCUUGGACAAUGAGAAGAAGGCACGUUAUUCCAUGUUUCUGAGACUCAUGGAACGUUCACUGCUAUUGUCAGGGCUCUCCUUGAGAACCCGCAAACGUCUGGCAGACUCCCUACGGAUACGGAAAUUUAAAGCCGGAUCAAUGCUCAUGCAGAAAGGUCGACCGAUGGAGUGGGUCUCUUUUGUGUUCAGUGGUGUCGUUAGGAGAAGGGUUGAUGAUGAAGCGGGAGCGACGAGAGCCGUAAGGGAAAAUGCGUCUCUCAUCAGCGAUGCCCAUUGGGAUUACUUGCUGGAAACCAGGACGGGAGGUGUCAUUGGGGCCUUUGAACUUAUCUUCCGCUCACACAGUCUUACAGAUGCCGUGGCUGCAUCGAGAGUGCUGGUGGCGCAACUGCAUGUGGUGUACUUUGAGGCCAUCAUGUCUCAGCGGUAUUUGGAUGAGAUGAGGUUCACUGUACUCAGUGAUCCUCUUACCCCGUGGUUGCUGCAACAUGCAACUGAGGAAGUGCGUCUUAUGGCGGAGCAGGCGGAAAAAGAAAUGGGCAGUGUGCCGAAGAAAGUGAAUAUGCAGGAAAUGGGGCAAAAUUUGUAUUCCACAACGAGAUCAAGCGUUCCAGGCUUAACAAUGAACCGAGCUAGAAGAAGGGGUCUUGUUCAAGCAAGGAAUUUGAGCAUAUGUUCCGCCGGUGAAAUAGUUUAUGCAGGGAAGAAGAACAUUUAUCGGUUUCCUCUCUCUGUAUUGGAGAUCAGUAACACCGUUGUUAUUGCCGUUGUCUCCGAUGGUGUCAUUAUUCGAUGGAACGCUGCAGCAGGAAGAGUCACGGGAUUUCAGUAUCACGAUGUCCUUGGGCAACGCAUUUAUAGACUUCUCGCUACAGAGACGACAAGAAACGGAAUGCGGGAACAAUUGCUUCAGGCAGAAAGGUUUGUUGGGAGCUGGGAUGACUACGUUGCCUCUGGCCUAUCCUCUCCAUGUGUCUACCGUUUCCGGCAGGCAUCAGAGGUUUACUACGUAAACCUACUGUUGAGUAUCGUGCCAUCCUGCCUGGGCACCGCCGGUGAUGUCAUGUUGCUUGUGGGUCGUGAGACAGACAAUCAGGCAGUGGUGAACUACAUUGAAGAUGCCGUGCGUUGGAUGCGAGAUGUGUUGCAGCCUCAGUUAAAUGCCUUUCAACGACGUGUGGAAAGUAUUGGGGAGAAAGACUGGAAUAUGUCCCCUGACGACGGUAAGCGUUUGCUAGGUCAUGUGGAGACCUGCAAUAAGCUCAUGGAAAGAUACAUGCGACUCUCAAGCCUCAAUUUGGAAUCCAUGAAAGAGAUGUGGAAACCGGUUCGGAUUCACCACACUCUACGACAAUUUGCUCGAGAAGCGGUACAGCUGGUUGGUGUUGCAGAGAAUCGCUUUACCCUUUUCUUGGAUGAAGGCGUCCCAAAGCACGAGAUCUUUUUUAAUGUGGAACAUGUACUGGAGGUUCUGAGGCGGGUAGUGGUUGAAGUCAACAAGGCCGGGACAGGCAUUCUUAUCUCCGUGUUUGUCUGUGUGGUGGAGCCUACCGCGGAAUUUGCUGUGAGCCGCAAAAUUUCGUGUCCAAUUGUUGUUUCGCGACGUGCCAGUAUUGCCACCCAUGUUGGCUUGGCUUCAUUAUCUCUGAAUUUGACGCCCUCGUCCUUUAACCCGCCACAUUCAGACAGAAGCAGUUUGCCGCCCUUCAAGGAAGGGGGACGCGCGUGCAGUGCUACGGAGCCCCAGCAAGUGAUUGAUGGCCCCUCUUCUUUAUCCAUGCGACGCAUUCGGAUUGUCGUGACCGAUAAUGUGGAGAUGGACGAUGGCAGCGAGGGUGAUAAAAAGGUAGGGGUCGAGACAUCGUCAAUGGCAAAUUUGGAAGGAAAAGAGACGGAAAAUCCACGAAAAUAUGACGCUCGACGACGAAUGGCCACAAUCAAGGAGUGUGAACAGAUGGUUGCUAAUAUGUGCGGCACCCUUUCUUUCCACACCACGCGAUUUCCGCUUUCGUUGAACACGUUGAGUAUUGAAUUGCCACUGCUACCUGUCCCUUGGGUUGAGGAGGAGGAAGAUAAGGAGAACGUUGACCCUCCGAUUACCACGCAUCCGUUUACUGUGAUUGUUGCUGAUCGGGAUGCGAAGCAACGGAAUAUUCUCUGUCGAUUAAUGUGGUCGCGUCGUCAUGCGGUUGUGCCUGUCACAUCAUUACGCGAGGCAAUGAUAAACGUGGAAGCUGGUGGCGCGGAUGUCCUUGUGAUUGACCCUUUAUACCUGGAGGCUACAGAGGAGGAAUAUGCCGCAUUUCGAGAUGGAACGGCUCCAUUUGAGGCCCUGCGUCAACAAACGCAGCUUGUUGUUGUGCUGUACGCGGAUGACUUCAAUGAUUGGCGUGUGAAAAAGUUGAUGGGCUACUCCCACGUUAUCGAAUUGCCCAAGCCAGCCUCAGGAGCCCUGUUGCACCUUGCAAUGCACGAAGCAGAGCGUCUUGUGAUGUGUAUGCGGGAGGAUGAGGAAAAAAUUGCACUUCUCCGCAUGGCAUUUACGGAAUUCCAACCGGAUCGACACAAGUUGGGACGACUAUUGGGAAGAGGGGCGUAUGGUGAAGUAUUUGAAGUCGAGGACCUGCUCACCGGUGGCAAACUGGCAGUGAAACGCAUGUAUCUUGAAGACGGUGUAUUGGCUGAUGAUGCCAUUCAAGAACUGGUGGCCACGACGUCCUUAAGACAUGAAAAUAUCAUCCAUUACUUUUACUGUCAGAAGGAAAGUGAUACGCAGCUCCGUCUUUACAUGGAAUUGGCAUCUGGAGGCACCUUACGUGAUAAAAUUCGACGACAAGGGGGGCCCCUGCCGCUUGAAGAGAUUGUGCGUCACCUAAAAGAUUUAUGUCGUGGCCUUGCGUAUUUGCACUCGAAAAAUUACGUGCACAGGGAUAUAAAGACGGCAAAUGCCCUUAUCGAUCAUCAUGGACGAACCAAAAUUGGGGACUUUGGAACGGCAAAAUGUCUAAAACGAUCGUCCGAGAAGUUGUAUACGGUGGCGGGGACUCCGCAGUUUAUGGCACCGGAAGUGAUGAAUGCGGAUUCCACCAAGGGCAUUGGGUACAAUCAAAAGGCCGAUAUUUGGUCUUUGGGCUGCGUGGCGCUUGAGUUAGCCACGGGCAAGUCACCCUUUUCCUAUCUGAACUUUACAAGUGGCAUGGGCAUUUUUGUGUACGUCAGUAAACUUACCGACACUCCAGACCUGUCUGUGAUCAAGGAUGAAAAUCCCUUAUUGUAUGCGUUUAUUGAGUCCUGUCUUUGUAUUGAUCCUGAUAAACGUCCUACGGCGCAGGAACUGAUACAUCACGAGCUUCUGCAAGAGGCCGAACAUGGCUCCCGGAAUAAGCAACUUGCACGGAGGGUGGAGAUGGUGGAAAAGUUGAAACGUUAUGCCGCGAUUGACGCUGAAGGGGAAGAGGAUGAAGAAGAGGAAGAAGAGGAGGAGGAUGAAGUGAAUGAUGCAGGCAGCAGUGUAAGUGUUUGCAAUGCCCAUAAAGGAGGUGAUUGCAAGGACGACCCGUUGGUGGGUUUCUCUGAAGAAAAGAGAUGUGAGUUGCAGUGGAAGGGACGGGGAGGCAAUCCGGAUGAAUUACUGCGGGAGCAGAGUUUUUUUGCCUCCUCCACCUUUUCGAGCGGGGAAGAGGACGAGAGGAACUGA